AUGUCGAAUCUUCCAUAUGCUGCCGAUGCGGAAAGUCCGUUGAAACCCGCCGAGCUGCAGGUGCUGCGUGCACAAUAUGAAAAAGAAGGCGACUACGUGGGCAUUCAGACUAAGUUCAACUUCGCUUGGGUAUGCGAUCCAAACUUCGCUAGGGCCUCGGCUUCAACUGCCAUGUUUCUCCUGCUAACCAUAUUUCUCCGCGCCUGCGGGGAUGUUCUCUUCCAACAGGGUCUUAUCAAAUCCAAUGCCCGACCCGAGCAACAAGAAGGCGUCCGACUCUUGUCAGAGAUCUUCCGCGGUGCGCCGGAACGACGACGAGAGUGUCUAUACUAUCUGGCACUAGGCAACUUCAAAUUAGGCAACUACGGAGAGGCUCGCCGGUAUAACGAUCUGUUACUGGAGAAAGAGCCUGCCAACUUGCAAGCGGCUAGCCUGGGGUCCCUCAUCGACGACAAGGUCGCCAAGGAAGGUUUGAUGGGGAUUGCAAUCGUAGGAGGCUUAGCUGUGGCAGCUGGUGUCGUGGGCAGUCUUCUUCUCAAGGGAGCCAGAAGACGGUGA